CCUAAGAAAAUGGCUGUCGUAUCAGAGCGUGAUAACGGAGCAACAAUACGGGAAUAUCACUAUUAAUGUUCAAAAUAGUUUGUUCAAAAAGUAGAUAUAGUAUUGCACUAAUGCUUGUUAACACCCUUGCAACUGAAGAUAAAGUUUAGUUGUGUGCAACAUCUGUUGACGUGUUAUAAACAAAACAUUUGUAUCGUUGUAGUAGACUUGAGUUUGAUCGAAGUUGAGUAGAUCCAAGACCAAUUUCGUGUGUACUGACUGUUGUGUGUAGACUAGCCUAGAUAUUAAUCUAGAAUCUAAAAUCUAGCUUAGAGAUCCAGGUUAUAAUCUGAUAUAGAUCUAUUUUCUAUAGAAUUUACUUUUACAUUGUCCAUCAAAAUCAGAAAAUCCAACCACAAAUUUAAAAUCGGACCAUUUACUCAUUUACUGGCAGACACGCAAUAAUUGCGGAGGUGCCAGUCCAUCAAAAGCAGAGACAUGGACGGUGCCGACGCAGAAAAAGUUGAAAACAAAGACGUUGAAUUGGAUACUAAAGAACGCCUAAAGGAGGUACAUUCCUGGUGGGAGGUGCCAGCUAUUGCCCACUUUUGUUCUCUGUUUAAGGCAGUAUUUGGCUUCAGUGACUUUGAUAUAGAGGAUCUAGAAGAUGCUUUGUUGACAUCUCCAGCUCUUGGUGGCAGUACACUUGUCAUUGACAUCAUAUGUCAACUCCUAAAUGGAUGUUAUGCUAGAGAUGACAUUAAAUACUUCAAUUACGACCUUUUCCUGAAAGACAUUUUCAAACAGAGAUGGCAAAAAGAACUUGGUCGCGACAAUCCAUUGACAACAACAACUUUUUUAGAAUUGCCAGUGCGACAGAGGGUUGAAAUCUUGCAUGCCCUUUGUGACUUUAGGCUUGAUGCUGAUGAUGUUGCUGAUAUGUUAAAGGGUUUAAGUGGAGAGAGCCUUCGUGUUGAACCUCUGGGCGUUGAUAGUAAAGGAUCUAAAUACUGGUAUUUUUAUGGUACAAGGCUUUACAAGGAGUUGCCAGAACCAGAAGAUACUAAGGAAAUCACAAAGAAAAGGACAAAAAGAAAAAGUCAGCCAUCAGAGGAUGAUCAAGAAGUAGAAGAGGAUGGAGCGUCCCAGCACACAGAUAGACAGGAGGCAGCUAAAAGAAAUCCUCAACUUUCAGCUGUGGCUCAUGUUUCUGAAAAUGGUGCUGAGGAUGAGGACAUGAAUGUUUUGGAAGAAACCAUGGAAAGUGUGCAGGAGGAUACUAAUGACAAGGAGGAGGAAGAGGAUGAGAUUCAAAGAGAACUGAAUGAAGCACUUCAAGAAAGUGAUGAUGAAAUGAUGGAUGAUGAUAAAAAUGAUGUUGAUUUUGAAGAAGAGCUGAAGAAAAAGAAGACUUCUAAAAAUCAAAAACAGAAAAAAUCUCCUGCAAAAAAAAAUGGUGGAAAGUCUUCAAAGAAAAAUGAGGAACCCGAACAUCAGUUUAUUGAAACUGUUUGUAAAUCCAAAAGCAAAACCAAAUAUUUUAAAGGCAGAAGAUCCAGAAGUAGAAAAAGGGCAAUGUCAUCAUCUACAUCUUCAGAGGCAAAAGAAACAAAAAGGGAACCAAAUUCUAAAAAGAGAUCGCAUUCUGCAACAGUGGAAGGAACAAAGGCCAAAACACCAAAAUCUGAGCCAGCUAAAACAACACAGCCCACAGCUCCUCCGCCCACGAGAAGGUCACGCCGUAAGCAGGGUGAGGAACAACCAGAAGUCCUUUUUCCUGCUAAUAUCUCUAAAACUGAGCUGAAGCGCCUUGCUAUUGAUGGAUUUCAGAACCAGCUCAGCUCUCAUCGCAGCAGAAAUACCAGCAGAGAGAGCAGUGUGAGUUGUGAUAAUGCUACAACUCUAAGUAGCAAUAGCAGUGUGAGUGAGGGAGCAUUGAAAGGAGGGAAGAGGCUGACAACUCAUAGACAAAAACUUGAAAAGGCUGUUCACAAAUUCAACCAAAAAGUUUCCAACUCUAAAGAAGCUGAGCUUGUUCCCUGUGUGGUACCUCAAGAGGUCUCAAAUAAGGGCAGCUCCAGAAGAAAAUCCACUCCACAGCGUAGGCAGCACAAAAAGGAACUACCGUCAACUGAUGAUUCGCCCUCAGUUAAACCCAGUGAUCAGGAAUUGUCUACUGUAUAUUUUCAAGAAGGCCGGGUGUCAAGCUCUGAUAAGACCUCUCAAGCUAAAAAAAUAUCACUGUCUAAAGAAGAACCAAAGUCUAACUCAGCUGAUACUUCAGUUGAUUUGGAAACAAAUUGUGUGAAGGAUGAUGGUGCAUCAUCAUCUACAAGGGUAGAACAAACUACAGGUAACUCUCAGACAACUGCUGAAGUCAACUGUAUUCAAAAUGAUGGUAUUAACAUUAGUUCCAAAAAAGUAGAAAAUAAUGACAUUGGUGCACCAGACUUGAGAAGUUGUGAGUUAGCAAAUACAGAAGAAAGCAAUCAAGUGAAAGUAGCUGUUAGCCAUCCUUUAGCACAGCUGAGAGUAGUGGAUCCUGUAGAUUAUGCUGGGAGUGAGAAAAGUGAAGAAGAAGAAGAUGAAGAGAGAAUCAUUGAACUUCAUGAGGCAGAUCUAGAAGACGAUGUCAAUCUGAAUGAAGGUGAAUGGCGAACUCCUGAUGAUUUGCCAUUUGCCACAACAUCAGUAACCAGUGAUGCUGUAGACAACUCACAUUCAGGUUGUGCUACUGAUGUUUUAAUGGGCACUACUAAAUCUGAAGAAGACAGUGGUAUGUGUACAGAUCUUGCCCCAGGUAAUGGUUCACUGUCAGUCUCAACAUGUGACUCAGGAAUUGACCUUGUUCAGGUGUCAUGCUGUCCAUCUGAUUCAUCAGUUCUUGACUCCAGCUGCUUAAAUCUGAGGGACAAAGAGUUAACUGAAGGUGCUGAUAUCAAUAAAGCUGUGUCUAAAGCUGCACAAGAUAAAGCUCUGAAACACCUUGAUGCCUCCAGAAGAGAAACUAAUGCUGAUAAACUGGAUGCAGUUUGUAAGUCUCAAGAUAUAGAAGAAGAUGAAGAGGAAGAUGAAGAGAUGAAAUUCAAAGUUAUGGAGAAUCUUGGACUUGAGUUGAAUAAAGCAAAGUAUGCUGAUAGUAAAAGGAGAGCAGCUUUGAGAAAAGAACUGAUCAAGCAGCUGUCAAGUUCAGCCAGCAUAAAGGCUAAAGAAACAGCGGUGAAUGGCCACAAAGAUGUCACAGAAGUUGUUUCCAGGGAAGGAGCUGAUACUGCUAAGUCUGUAGCUAUGGAGGUGAAAUCAUCACUGUUGUCUGGAGAGACUGCUUUCAUUGGACAGGAGGUUGACGCAGUGCAGUCUGAUUCUGCUAGGGAUAACACAAUGUCUUUGCUAGAAGAUAGUGACAUAGCUUCGGUUUCACCUAAUCAAACUAUAAAUUCUUGCUCUGAGCACACAGAAAACUUAGAGACAGUGAAUGAGUCACAAUCAAGAGAUGGAGUUUUUCCUGAUACUGAGGUUUCAGUUAAGGAAUUACAGAAAGCUGAUAAAUAUGAUUCUGAUGAUUGUGUGACAUCUGAAACAAUAGUGAAUAAGUUGCUGACACAAGUAUUGGAUGACAUUGUUAGCCAACAUGAAAAUGAAUCAUCACCAAAUAAUUCAUCAUCUAAGGCUUAUAGCCACACAAGUGCAGAGAGCAUUAUGGAAGAUACCUCUACCUCUGUAAUGGAUGCUAAUUCAGAUAAAGUCAACAUAGAGAUUAUUGAAAAUAUUCCUGAUAUGCAUAGUGACUGCAUAUUAAAUACAAGUUCAAUUGAUAAUGCAACUAUUUGUCCUGAUGACACUAAUGUGUCAAUGCAUGAUGGGACAGAAAUGUCAAAGGAUGAGAUGUUGAAAGGGGACACUGUUGCUGAGUCUGCUGACAUGACCUCCACAAAAGCUGUGAGCACAGAUCAGAGCCCUUUGUCUACCUCAGAAAUUGGCCAAAUGGUAGAGAAUAGUAUUAAAAAUGAAGAAACUGAAAUGGAAGUGGAUGAAGGGGGAGAAGCAAUAAUAAAAGAGAAUAAAGAGUCACCAGGUGAAUAUAAAGUGGCUCCUGAUUCUGUGGACAAUGUUAGUGAACUUCCUGGCACUGAGCUGAACAUGAAUGCAAAUGAAAGUGUCAUGCCUCCUGAAGAUGUAAAUUGUUCUUCCUCAGCUUCUGACAGUUUAGUUCUCCAGGGUUUACCUGCACAACAAAAUGAGUCAAAUCAGGAUUUAGGUAGUGAAAAAGAGCUACAUAUCUCAGCUCUCAUUACACCUGGUGAAGAGAAAUUGCCUGCUAUGCACUUGGUGACUGAUGCUGGGGAAAGUGAAAUAGCCUCAAUGUGUCAUGAUACAUUCUUGGAAGUGCCAAGCACUCUUGUAGAUGCUCAACCUGACAUUAAGGAUCUGUUGCCAACCUUAACCCAAGAUAGACAACCUGAAGCUGAACUGAUAAUCAUAGGUAAAGAUGCACAAUUGCUUAGUGAACUGCCAAAUGUACAUAAAGAUGUACCGUUAGAAAGAGCAGUGACAACCUUGCUCCAACCUGAAAGUGAUGUGACAAGAAUGCCAGAAGAUAGCUUAUUGCAAAGAGAAGUUUCAAGCAUAGAUACAGAUGUAUCAUUAGAAAAUGAAUUAUCUACCAUUCAGGUAGAUACCCCACCAGAAAGUGAAUUGGGAAGCAAUAAUGAAAAUGUACCAUUAGAAAGUGAAAUGCAAAGUACACAUGAGGAUUCACCAUUGGAAAGUGAAAUGUCAGAAAUACCAUUGGAAAGUAAAUUACUUGGCAAUCGUGAAGAUGUACUAUUGGAAAGUGAAUUGCCAAACAGUCUUGGAGAUGCACCUUUGGAAAGUGAAUUGCCAAGCAAUCCUGAAAAUGCACAAAUGGAAAGUGAAUUGCCAUGUACACAUGAAAAUGAACCUUCAAGAGGUGAAUUACUUACCUUGAACAAAGGUGUACAACUUCAAAUCACACAGGAAGAUUUACAACCCGAAAGCCAAUUUCAAACCAAGAAGCAAGAUGCUCAAAUUGAAAUGGGAAUGACAGCCACAAAAGAAGAUGGUCUUUUAAAAAGUGAAUUACCAGUCACACUCCAGGGGGUACCCUUUGAAAAUAGUAAUCCAGACUGUCAAGGUACAUCAUAUGAAGGCACCACUCUUGCACCAUGUGAGGUAUCUUUCACUGACACCCUGGUCUUAUCUGAACAAAACACUGCUGCUCAUAAUGAACAUGUUACUAAUACAAAUGACAAAGCCCCAGGUGAAUUAAUAGUUCCAUCUUAUGACAUUGAAAUGGCUAAUAGCACAAUGGACACUUCAUCUGGGCCAGUAGCAGAGAGCAAUAAAGAACUGCCUCUUUCAUCCUUUGAUAAUAAACAGUGUCUGAUUGAGACUGAAAGCAGUUUAAAUAGUGAAGAACCUGUCUCCCUGGCACCCAUGUCUGAAGUCAAAGGUUCUGAAUCUUUGUUAAGCAGUGAUGUUCAAGGGGAAGAUAGCAAAGAAGAUGAUGAGACAGUACAAAAACUAUCAAACAAACUAAUUGAUAAAAGUAGUGAUGUUGUUCAGCCUGAGGCUAUGAAUGUUGAACCUGAUCUUGCUUCAGAAUUGAAUGCUCAAUCUAGUUUAGAUGUAGCAACAGCAAUUUCGGCAGAGAGUUGUUCAUCUGAAGACACACCAGAUAAGAAGCUGGAACAGCCAACAGAGAUAAAAGAAGAAGUUGAAGAGAAAGCUUCUGUAGAGAAUACUGCCAUAGAGGAGAAAAAAAUUAAAGAUGAGAGAGAGCUUCAUCAUGUCCCAUUGUACCCAGAGGAGAAACCAUUUAGGAGAGGUCUGAGCAGUUGGCAGCUAGUAUGUGACAGCUUAGAAGACUGGACUCAGCUGGCUAAAGAUUUGAAAGACUCUACAUUCUACAAAGAGAAACAGAUGUAUAAAAUACUCAAGAAUGAUUUUCUGCCAGCAAUACCUGGGAUAAUGAUUGACAAGGAAAAAGCUAGAAAGCAGAGAGAGAAAGAAAUGAUGCCAAGAAGGUCAUCUUACAGACUAGAAUUGAAGAAACUGGAGGAAGAGGAAAAGGAACGUCUGACUAGAGAGACUGAAGAGGAGGAAGAAAAGCAAAGAGCUGCCCAAGAAGAGGAAAGAAGGCAACAGUGGAAACAGGAAGAGGAGAAACGACAGAAAGAAGAGAAAGAAAAAGCUAGAGCAGAUAGAGCUAAUCGAGCUCGCCUUCGAGAAGAAAGAGCUCGACUUAUUGCUGAAGGAUUAGAUAUUCCUGCUGAACUAAUGAAUGGUCUUCGGCACGAGGAUGUUGAUGAUGAUGUUGAUGAAGAAAUGCUCAACAACCUGUGGAAAGUGUUUUUAAACAUCAAAGAUAAUGAACAUUCUUGGCCAUUCCUGGAGGCUGUGGAAGAAGGAAACACUCCUGAUUUUUUUGAAAUGAUUAAGGAACCCAUGGAUCUGAUCAAAAUAGAAAAGAAGUUAAAUGAAAGAACCUACAAAGUACCUGAAGACUUUGAGAGAGACAUGAACCUUGUCUUUGAUAACUGUAUUAAGUACCAUGGUGAAGACAGUGAUUUCGGAUACAUGGCUGAGAAUUUAAAGGGAGUGUUUGAAAGAAGCAUGAGAAGAACAUUUAGAGUAUACCUGGAGCCAGCGUACCACCGGACAUCUCGACGACGGGACAAAGUUGUUGAGUCCGGUUAUAUUACAGAAUAUGCAUAUUCUGGUUCUAGAGCGCAAAGAAAACGAUCCCAAAAAGUUAAUUCAGAUUCUGAUUCCGAGCUAGAACCUUUUGUAACAGGCCGUGUCAUGUAUCCAUCAGGAAGAAAAUGGGGAGCUGAUGAAGCUGAAAGUGAAAUGAAAAAAGAUGAAGCAAAGACCACUGAAGAAGAUGGUGAAGAUCCUGGAUUGAAACCACGUGCAACAUGGAGCUAUCGUCGUGAAUUGUUAGGAGAUGAAGCAGGAAAGUUUGAAUCUUACAUUCCAAAGGCCAACAAGCCAAACAAAAGUGAAGCGGAAGAAAAAGUGAAGAGAGUACCAGUGGACCUCAGCAAGUUUCCUGGAGCCAAAUUUCGCUAUUCAACUCCUAUUGUAGAUGUUCCUGUGAAAAAUUCCUGCUUUAUUGUUAACCAGUAUGUUAAAAAACAAAAGCCAAAGGAAGCUGCUCCAAUCAUACCUCAGGUAGCUACUCCUGUGAGUGCAUCAGGGAAACCUCCAGUGAAGGUGGUGAAGAUCUCCCGUGAGGAGUAUGAGAAGCUACUUGCUCAGAAAAAGAUUACUGUUAUUGACUCCAGUAGCCCAGCUGGUCAGAUUGUUAAAUUAAAAGCUGGUUUGCAGCUGAAGGAAACAAACAACCCAGCUGCAAAGUCUGCAAACCAGCUUUCAGCAGAUGUUGCACCAUCACCUGUCUCUGUUCCAUCCAUCGGAUCUGAAACAGAGCCUGUAACCAGGGUAGUGAAGAAAACUGCCUUGGACAUUAAGGAACGCCUCCGGCAGGUGAAUGAAAAGUUAGCCAACAGGCUAAAAAGUCCCAUUACAAAAGAAGAAAUUGUGUGUACCAAUUCUAGGAUUGUGCAAGGACAAAUUAUUUAUAAUGUAUCCCCCAACAAAAUGGGUGGUCAGAUCACUCUUAGUGGGUUGGAGUUAAAUCAAACUUUAUCUGAUUUUAAGACUAAACGUACUAGCAACUAUUGCAAUUUUGAAUAUUUAAAUAAUAAAAAAUCCAGUUCUCCUCUUAGUGAAAAAACUCCACCUGUCAAAAAAGUGAGAUUCAGUGAUGAAAUUACUUCUGUGAGUAAAGAGUCAUUAAAAUUGGAUGAAACUCCCAAAGCUACUGAACAAUCAAGUGUUGAAUUGGAAUUCAGAAAGAGGCUACAAGAUAGUCCAUCAACACAACAGUCAACUGACCUAAAAAAGCCAUCUCUUUUGGCUUCCCCUUCAAGCUCUAAAACUACAUUUGUCCAAAACUCUGUGUAUGACAAGUGGAAAAAUAGGGCUAAGAGAACAAUGGGGAAAUUAUCCAGCGAAGGAGAAGACAAAAGAGGUAAAAGGACAUUAGAGGACAGCUAUUCUUCACUAGAUAGUCAGGUUCCUUGCAAAUACCUGAAAACAGCUACAGGGGAACAUUCCGCAAAAAAAGACGAUGAAUUGAAUCAAGCUCUUUAUAAGGAUCUUAAUAUUUUUCCAGACACGUCACAUUUAGAUGACUCGUCCAGAUUACUUUCUGAUAGUGUAGAAGCCAAAAAUGGUUCUCUUUCAGAAAUGAAUGAAUUAACUGAAAAUUCUUCCUUUGAAUCCCCUGAACUUCUUCAGAGAGAAACAGAUUCUACACAGAAACCUACAUGCUCCAAUUCUGUUUCACUGACAUCAUCAGAAGUCCCCACUUUAUCCACCACAUCACCGUCCACAUCUGCAUCGACAGUUUCUUUCCAUCCACCACCAUCAUUCAAACUAAGUGGUCUAACAUCUCAGCUCGCCCAAGCUAUUGCACUGAAGAAAAAGACUGUCUUAGGAGAGAAUGUUUUUGAAAACUGUGACUCACCACGCAGCCCUCCACUUCUGGAACCCAUGGAGGACACUCAGGACUUGAGAGAAACAAGAGACAGUACACCAGAUGAUGAUGAGAUGCCAGUGCUUGUGCCUGAUCACAUGCCUCCAACCCUUGUGGAGCCAGGAAUGGAUAAUAUUUUUCAGCGUAUGAUGAAUUCUGAAAAAAGUAAAAUUUAACUUGAUUUUGCACAUGUUUUAAUUAAAUUUCAUUAGUAAUGUAUGCUCAUCCGUUUGUCUUUUCUACUGCUUUUUUGUCCUUUAUUUCAUCUUGAAGAAAGCUAAGAAUAAAUACUUAAUGAACAUAGCUUUGUUUGUUGGAAGGCUCAACUUCCUCUACUACUGUAUCAUUGACUGAGUUAGUGUACUUACUGUUCUAAAUAAAAGCUGUGAAAUGUAUUUCUGGUUAUGAUCUAAUGUCUAACUUUGUUUGGCUGUAUGCAUUAAGAUUGUAUUUCAGUUGAUGGAAAUAGUUUUAAGAGAGAAAAGUUGUUUCAUGGUUUUCUCCUAUUCAAUCUGAAAGAAAGUGAUUGAAAAGGCAACUGUCUUAUUAACUGUACACUAUGUUGUUUGUAGGCUAAUAGAUUUUCAUUUGUUGGGGGUAUGUGAGGGAGCAUAAGAACUUCAAUCAAGUAAAUAUCUUCGUUAAGAAAUUUGACAAAAGUCUUCAAUUAUGGACACAGAUGCAACUAGUAUCAUGGUUGUUUUCUGUUGUCUUGAAAAAGUGAUAUAAAAUUAUUGAGUAGAUUUAAGAAACAAAAUAUAUACAUUGUAUACAUUUUAAAAGUCUUUUUGAUUGAAUAAUUAAAAUGGAAUACAGUUUUGUUCUUGUAUUGAGUGCAGAUUUUAUGUUUACUCUGAAUUCUAUCUUUAAGGAACAAGGUCUCUGUAGAGAUUAAACUCUGCCUUUACCUCUAGAUUUGUUAAUAAUGUGCAAUAUGUAGUUUUUAUAUCUAGCUAGUAUUAAAUUGAUUUGUUUAUAACUAACUCCUUUUAUUCAGUAGUUUAUUGAAACACAAUUUUGUCUAUGUGACCAGCUUCUGUAUUAUAACUAUAACCUAGUUUCAGUUAGUUGUUCUGUACAUCACUAAAUCAAGAGUAUUUGCUGAUAUUGGUGUUAGCAUUAGUGUAGAUAUCCAGGCUUCAGUUCUAAGACUGCUGAAGAAUUUGUGUUAACAGACCUGUAAGCACAUUGACUAAAGAACUUCUUAUUUCAUCAUGAAGCUAAUCAGAGACUUAUAAUUUUUCAUUAAACUAGCUAAAUUCAAUGUUAUAUAUGUAUAAUAGUCACUGUUUUAAAACCUCCUGUUAAUGUAAAGAGAUGUACCAAGUUUCAAAAGAAAAGUGUGACUGGUAAAAAGGAGGUAAAUUAUGAAAUAUCUUCAUAUAGAAUUAAUAUUGAAAUCGUGUAUAGAAUAUAGGAUUUGAUAUAUCUAGAUUGUAAGCUCUACAUUUGUUAUUAAUAUACAGUCACCUUAUAAGGUAAGGAAAAAAGUUGUCCUCUUCAUAUGGGAGGAUUUAAUCAUAAAAUAAAACUUGAGGGUAACUUACUGUUUCUAACUCGUAGAUUUACCAAUCCCUUAGUCUGUUGGGGCACACAUCAAGAUACAACUUUUAAUAGUCAGACUAUGCUGUGCUCUUGAUAAUCAUAAACAUGAGUGUGAUUUUGUUUUUUGUAAAAAAGAAACUUGUGUGAGUUUAUCCUAAACCUUGAUAGAAAGGUCAGUUGAGAAACAGAAGUUAGUGUGAUUUUAUCAUUUGGUGAAUUCUGAAGAUUUUUUGAGAGUCAUUUGAAACUGUUUAAUAUCAUCUACUCCAUCAUCUUGAUGUAGCAUAGCUCUAUUCCUACAGUCGCUUUCAUUACAUUGAUCUGAUUAAAUUGAGAGGCACCUUCACUAUCAAGAAUUGGCAUGUGUGAUCCACUUGCAUUGAAAGUCAAAUUAAGUAAUCAAUCCAUUUUUUUUUUUUUUAACUCUAGAAAAACUAUAGAAGAUUUGUUUAUAUAUAUUAAAUUUACCUUAAAACCAAUUGCUACUAAUAAUAACUAUAGGAAUAAACCUAUAUAUACAUUGCCUUCUUUGCUUAGUGAGAACAUUUAAGAUGUUUUAUUGUAAGUCAUUUUGAAUUUCAUUUAAUGAUGUUUUUUUUUUUCAUUUUUAUAAGUUACUUUUAAAAACAACAAAUUAAUUAUUUAUUUUUUUUUUUAAUACAAAAGAUGAAAUAUUAAUUUAUAAUGUAAAGAAAUUUACAACAUAACUUAAUGUGUGUGUGAAUAUAUAAUAUAUAUAUACACAUAUAUAUAUUAUUUGAACCUGUAUUGAUGUACAUUUAACAUUGUAAGUUUCUUGCAAUUGAUUUUUUUUUAUUCUAUUAUAUUUUGUUCAAAAAAAUCAGCUUUCUUUUUAUUUGUGUAUAGUAUACAAAACCUUUUGAUGUCAGCAUAUAGAUAUAUAAAGCUUACUGCAUUUUAGUUUCUACAUGGAUAUCUAUAGUGGAAUUAUUUUUUCCUUGUUCAGAUUUCAAUCUUGAAGCCAUUCCUUAAAUGUUUUUGUUUUUCAGAAUUCAUUCAUGGCUGUACAUUUUAAAUCAAUGCUUCUGCAGACGAAUGUAUUUGAUUUACUUUUGAUUUAUUUCCCAAAGGGCCAUAAGAACUUCAAAAUGUUUGGAAUUUUCUUCACAAAUAUUUUGUUCAUUUUUUUUUUGAGCUCAUUUAGUUGUCUUCCUAAUUUGCUUCAAGUUCUACUGAAUUUUUGUUGGUCCCUAGAGCAAGACUUUUUUCAUGUAAAGUGUUUUGAACUUUGGUUUAAUCUGUGAAAACAAAAUGCAUUGCUUGCGAUUGUGUGUGUCUCAAUGAAAUGUCUGGUUGAGUUGUUUGUUUCCAUUCAUAUCUACACCUACCAAGAGGACUUGUCAGAAAUAAAACAUCAUGUAUUUUA